AUGGGCACCAGUGCACCAUACUCAGAAAAAAUCUCACUCACUUCAGACGUCUUCAAGCUAUCUACUCUUCAACCCAAGAGCAUGUUCGGUGGCAUAAGAAACGCCCUCAUGGGUCGGUCGAGCUUGGCAUUUGCUGGUCAGAGAAGCUUUGCUCUACUGAGCCGGAUACGCGCUGCUGCUGAAUCAACCCAGUCUAAUGUUCCGCAGGGUCCCAUCAUCAAAACUGACAACGAAAGGAUUGUUUCGUGGAAACUCUACGCCAAAUGCAAUAAACACAAUACAAUUGUUUCCUUAUUUGCCGUCACGGAAGAUUUAGAUUUCAUGAAGAACAACGAGCAUCUAUCAUACAACGAGAAGGUUCUCUACUACAUGCAUUUACCUCAGAAAUCGAAAUUGAUGGUCAGCGCAGGUAUGCUAGGAUUUCGUAACUCUCAGAAGCAAGAGUACGAAGCCGGUUACCAGGUCACAUGCAGAGCUCUUAAACUCAUCGAGGAAAAGAAACUUAUAGGACCUAACGAUAAAAUUGAGGUCAUCAUCACCAACUACGGAAAGGGUAGACAAGCGUUUGAGUCGUGCUUGGUCGGAAAAGAGGGUGCCGGCAUAAGGUCUAAUAUCGUGAGAAUAUCUGACAACACAAAGUUGAAGUUUGGCGGUAACAGAGCCAAGUUCCAGCGUCGUUUGUAA